CUCCCCCAACCAUUGCUUGUCCCAUGGCAGCGGACCAGCCUCCCCCCAAACAGGUCCUCCCCUCCAACCCCCCCUCGCCUUCUCCCCCCUUCGCCCCCUCUCCCCCUCGCCCCUUCGCCUGCCGACUCCCGACUCCCGACUCCCUGCCAUGUCUCCCACUGCACGGCCAAGUGGCUUCAUCUUUGACGAGCGCUGUCUCGAUCAUAACUCCGGUCUGCUCGAGGGAGAUCUGCCCUGCCCCUACUUGGAGCCCACCCCACACAUGGAUACCCCGGCGACCCGGCUGCGCGUGCUCAACAUGCUCCAAGCCUCGGGGCUCCUGUCCAUCCCGCAUCCUGAGAUGCCCGACGCGCCGGGCUGGCUGCGCCUGCCCCUGCGGGUGGCUACGCACCGGGAGAUGCGCCGGGCUCACUCGCUGGCACACAUUCGCCACCUCACGCGACUUAAUCUCAUUGGGGGUGAAGCUGGCGACGAGGCACCCUGUGGAAUUGGGUCCUUCGAUGUUGCUCGGGCGGCGGCCGGCUCGUGCAUCGAGCUGGUGGAUGCUGUGUGCUCGGGUCGGAUUCGGAAUGGCUACGCGCUGGUUCGUCCAGCUGGCCACCAUGCCGAACGCGACCGCGCGCGCGGCUACUGUCUCCUGUCAAAUGUGGCCAUGGCUGUUCGCCACGCACAAGCCCACUACAAAUUUGCCCGGGUGGCCGUCGUGGACUUCGAUGUGCACCAUGGCAAUGGCACGCAAAGCAUCUUCUACGACAGCGAUGCCGUACUCACGGUGUCCAUUCACCAAGCCGGCAAUUACCCCCGGAAGUCGGGGGAGCUUGAUGAGCGUGGCGCCGGCCCCUCGGGGGCCUCCUACAACAUUAAUGUCCCCCUGUGGCCGGGAGCCGGGCAGACCGACUACAAGACCACCUGGGACCGCGUGGUUCUGCCCGCCCUGAAGGCGUAUGACCCGCAGCUGAUCGUCGUUUCGGCUGGCUUCGAUGCGUCCUUCUACGAUCCACUCUCUCGCAUGAUGCUCGGGUCCAAUGACUAUCGGUAUUUCACCCGGACGCUGGUGGACUUCGCCGAUGCAUCCGCCAGCUGCCAGGGGCGUGUGGCCGUCUGCCACGAGGGGGGCUACUGUGACUACUAUGUACCUUUCUGUGCGCUGGCCGUGUGUGAGGAGCUGCUCGGUGUCCGCACCGAUGUGCGCGAUCCGUUCCUGGCCGAGAUCAACUCGCACCCCGGCCAGGACACGCUUUUUGCCCAUCAGGCGUCUGUCAUCGAGCAGGCAGCAAGCUUUGUCAGCGACAUCGUCCCCCCGGCUCGCGACCAGGUCGAGGUGGUUUGGUCAGAGGCCGACUCCGAUGAGGAAUAGAACGGUCUCCUGGCCCUUCCUUCUCUGUCGCCUUGCCACAUUCCCUUCCUACUCGUAGGAUCUCGCCAGAAAUAGAAAGUGGUCCCAUCCCAGCAGGCAAGGCUGCCCCAUAUUCUUG